CGGCCGAUAGAGAGCGCCAGCUCUCGUGAUAAACAGUCCACUUGUGCUCGAAACUCGAAAGUUGACAGCAGUGCAGUGAAUGAAACCCAGUAAUUAAAAAAUUAAAUAUUUACAUAACUGUUAAUAUUCAUACUCACAUUUACUAAUUAUGGCGGUAACGAGUGGAGUGUCAUUUAUCCUGUCGUCCAUAUUCACAGUAAUUUUAUUUUCUGGAAUGCAAAUGUACAAAAGCUGGCUGACUUCUUCCCAACUGCAUACGAUUUUUGGUGGUUAUUUAGGAUCCAUGCUUUUUAUUUUUAUUUUAACAGCAGUAGGAAAUCUAGAGUCUUCAAUAUUUGGAAAAAAUUUCCAAUUAAAAUUAUUCCCCGAAGUAUUUAUAUCAUUAUUGUUUUCAAUGACUGCGUCCGGUUUAGUUCAUCGAGUGUCUACCACCACGUGUUUCCUCUUCUCCAUGGUAGCACUCUAUUACAUUAAUAAGAUAUCUCAAGAAAAUUAUUCAGCUUCAAUGACAACAACAACGUUGCAUACAAAAAAGAAAAAGUAAUCGGUAUAAGUAAUACAAAUGAAAUAAAAUUUUAUCCUAUCUUAAAAUACUUUUCAAUUAAAAAUAAAUUUUUUUCAUACAUUAACUCAGA